CAUGUCUGCAGAAGGUUCCAGACGCAUCUUGCACCAUGUCUAGCUGAAAGGUGGUAAGAAAGAACCCCUGCACAGGACCACCCCAAAACAUUCUGCUGCCUAAGACAGAACAGCAAAUUUGAUCCUUUUUCUUAACAUGGUGUGAAGAGAAGCCACCAUACUUCAGUUCUUCAUCUCAAACCUAGAAGCCUAACAAGUCUACAAGUGAAGGGUGGUCAGUUCCUGACAUUCCUUCCAUAGCAAUUCGCCUCAAAAUUCAAGCUGAAGUGGGGAAAGUUAGCAGUGCAAGGUGUGGAUUAUUUCUCCAACAUUGGUACUUUUGAUUUGAGAUCAGGGCAAGGUAGGGUUUGGAAAACAAAGCAUGGUCUUAGCCCUCGCUCUCCUUGAUGGAUGGCUGAUUCGAUGAAUGGCAAGCUGAGAAGUGGAGAGAAUGGGGGAUACUCUGGAACAUUCAGGGUCAAACCAGACAUGAAAGGGAACGUGUCUUCCUUAUGAGUAAUCUGUUUUCCCUUCAGAGAUGUGUCUCAACCAUCAAGCUUGGAAAGUAAGCCCACGUUUACCUUCCAAUGGGCAGGUAAACUGCUUCAGAUGUUUGCAAAACUCAAACCCGUAGUGAUCCUACCUCCAUUGGAACUUCUGUUUCUUUAACAGCUCCUUGGCAGACAGAAAUUCAACAAGUACAUGUUCUCCUCCACUGCUAUUUUUUGCCUUUAGGAGAAAUAGUUGGAAUUCCUUAUCAUGAAUCUCCCACAUCACAGAACCAACAAUUAGAUGAUAGUUUUCUGCAGAGUUUGGCAAGUCGUCAUCUGGCAAAGGACUCUUGGGGAAGGUGCAGAGACAUUAUAUUUCCAAAAAUGAUAUAACAAGUGGUUCUCGCUAUAACAAUACAACAAGGGGCAAAGGAUGCUUUGAAGGGUACUUGCAGAAGGAGGGCAAAUUACUUUCCCCAUUCAUUUUCACUGAAAUAUCCUUAAAUCGGAACAUUCUUAACAACCAUAAAGCCUACUUACAAGUGUCUUCAGUGUGUUCAGCUUACUCCCAAGUUAGUGGCGUAAUCAAAGAUCACAUCCAAGAUGAUGUGCCGUGCACUUUGAUGGUUACCUUCACAAUCUCUGCCUUUCCCAAAAGUUCUUCUCCUCCAAAAUGGACACCAGCAACACUUCUGAAGAACGUCUUUAUGAAGACUAUGAGGACUAUCCCGAUUACGAUGACAACGUGGGUCUCCGCGACUCAAUGCGCCUACUCUCUGUGGUGGUCUACACCGCUGCCUUCCUGCUGGGCGUGAUUGGGAACGGUCUUGUCAUCUUUGUCACUGGCUUCCGUAUGAAGAGGACUGUCAAUACUGUCUGGUUUCUCAACUUGGCCAUAGCUGACUUUGUCUUUACUUUCUUCCUCCCACUGAGUGUGGCCUAUAUGGCCUUGGGCUUCCAUUGGCCCUUUGGAAAGGCCCUCUGCAAGCUCAGCACCACUGUAGCCUUCCUCAAUAUGUUUGCUAGCGUCUUCCUUCUCACCAUCAUUAGCAUGGACCGUUGCGUCUCUGUGGUGUGUCCUGUCUGGGCCCAGAACUACCGCACACCUCGGCUGGCUUCUCUGGUGGCACUGGGCAUCUGGGUAGCAGCUCUGAUGCUCAGCUCCCCGUACCUUGUUUUCCGGGACACUCGGCCCAGUCCUUUUGAAGAGAACACCACUCACUGUUACAACAACUUUGCCUUGUCUAGUGACUUCCAGUCAGAGGACGUUGCUGACCUGGGCGCGCAUCGUCACCAGGCCAUAGUGCUGACCCGUUUUGUGGCUGGAUUCUUGGUGCCGUUCACCAUCAUCUUGUUUUGUUAUGGUGCUAUUAUGGCCAAGCUGAAGGGGAAUCACCUCACCCGCUCAAGUAGGCCCUUCAAGAUCAUGGUGGCUGUGGUCCUAGCCUUUUUCAUUUGCUGGUUUCCUUAUCACGUUUUCUCCUUCCUGGAGAUGUCAGUCUCCACAGUAACGCCUUGGCUACAGAUAGUCCUAGUGGUGGGGAUCCCCUUGGCUUCGGGUUUGGCUUACUUCAACAGUUGCCUGAAUCCUUUUUUGUACGUCUUUGUGGGGCAGGACUUCAGGGAGAAGCUGCGGACAUCUGUGCUAGCUGCUUUUGAGAAUGCUUUUAGUGAGACCUCGGCACAGGCAUUGACAAAGAGCAAAUCCAGUUUGGAAGUAGACUGCCACCUAGUCUAAAGCAAACAUAUGCAGCUGGGAGGCAGAAAAAUAUGUUGGAAUGUUUAUAUACACACAUAUAUGGAUCCCUGCAUA